CAGAAUAAGAGUUCCUGAAGGACGGGAUUGGCCUGGAAUAGCUUCUAGACAGGCAGAUGGUCAACCGGUGCAUCUUUGGGUGUACACCUGGUGAUGUACACCUGGUGAAUUUAUGGCUGCAGUAAAGGACUGGGCCAGAAUGUCCAAACGCAAGGUGACUUUUGAGGAUCAAGGCAAUGAGGAUGAAGAGGAAAUGAGUUUGCCAAAGAAGAAGCUAGUGGAACCUGCAGUCGGAGGGCCAGGCAGCCGUUUUAAGGGCAAACAUUCAUUGGACAGUGAUGAAGAGGAUGAUGACGAGGGUGAUGACGAAGGGCGAGGCAGUAAAUAUGAUAUCCUCGCAUCAGAUGAUGUGGAGGGACAGGAAUCUGCCACCAUUGACUAUGAAGAUGGUGUCCGGAUUACCCCAUUCAAUUUGCAGGAGGAGAUGGAAGAAGGGCAUUUUGACUCAGAGGGCAACUACUUCUUGAAGAAGGAAGCCAUGAUUCGGGACAACUGGUUGGACAACAUAGAUUGGGUCAAGAUAAAGGAACAGCCGCCUGGUCGAAAGAAAGCACCGUUAGAUUCUGCAGAGGAGGAGGAGGAGGAUGACGAUGAUGACCUUGAGGUUGGCCGAACACCUUUGGACAAGAAGGCGCUGCUGGAAGGGAUGGUGGAUUUAUUGCAGCCUGGUGAGACAGUGGCGAGAGCCAUCCAAAGGCUCGGAGACAAGGGUGGGCCCAAGAGCACUGGGCGCCAGCGGAGGCCCUGGAGCCGCCUGAAGGCAGAGGAGGCAGAACCCGCGGAGGAAGGCGAUCUCCAAAAGCUUGGGUCCCCUGAGCGAAAAGAGCAGCUGGAACGCUUGUCAGGGCUGGCUGACCAAAUGGUAGCACGAGGUGUCUAUGAGAUCUAUCAGGAGACCCGGGAGAAGCUGACCUUGAGGCUCCGAGCCUUGGAUCACCCGCCUGCAGCACCUUCUGCUCCUGAACCUGAACUAGACAUGUUUGCUGAGGAUAUUGAUGAAGCAAAGCUGGGGGAGAAGACGGCAGUGGCGGGAGGUGAAGAGCAGCAGCCAGGUGGUGACGAUGUUCUCUCCGAGGUGAUGUGGGAAUAUAAGUGGGAGAACACAAACACGUCUGAACUCUAUGGCCCCUUUAGCAGUUCUCAGAUGCAGGACUGGGUGUCCCAGGGCUAUUUCCCUGAUGGCGUCUACUGCCGGAAGGCGGAUAAUUCUGAGGGUCAGUUCUACAAUUCCAAACGCAUUGAUUUUGACCUCUACACGUGAUUGGAACCUGACUCCUGCCCCAAGGAGCAUGAGAGGCGUAACUCAGCAUGGCAGCAGCCGGAAAGAAGUUGCUGGACUUUGGGGGGAGGGGAGGGAGUGUGUGCGUGCGUGUGUGGUGAUAUCUUUCUGGAAGGGAAGAGCUUUGGCUUCUCAUCUGACUCUGGUUUUGUGAGAAAUAAAAGA